UUUAAAUAUCAGGUUCAUUAUUUGCAAAUCAAUAUUUUUUGAUAUGUCCACUUUUAUACGAUGCCGCUUCAGCCGAGACUUCAAGAUGGCCAAAUCUGAUACAGCUACUUUUUUCACAACUUGAGAAAUAGAUUAACGAUGCACUAGCAGACAAUUUUAUUAGGGUUGAUACCUUCAAUGCAUCCUCUGCGUUUGGAUCGACAUAAAAGGGAGUUUGCACCACAGCGUAGGCUAUGUUUUAGAACAGCCUUCCUCUUUAUGUUAACUAGACGUCGCAGUCCGACGUUGCAGUGACGUCAGAUAACGAAACAAGCAUGGCGGUCCUACUUGAAACCACUCUUGGAGAUAUUGUUGUUGAUUUAUACACAGAAGAAAGACCGAAAACGUGUCUGAAUUUCUUGAAGUUAUGCAAGAUCAAGUUCUACAACUUCUGUUUAUUCCAUAAUGUGCAGAGAGACUUCAUCUCGCAAACUGGAGACCCCACGGGCACGGGUCGUGGAGGAGAGUCCGUUUUCAGUAAACUCUAUGGGGACCAGGCCCGCUUCUUCGAUGCAGAGAAAGUCCCCAGGAUUAAACACAAAAAGAAGGGCACCCUAUCCAUGGUGAACAACGGCAGUGAUCAACAUGGCUCUCAGUUUCUCAUUACAACAGGGGAGACUUUGGAUUACCUGGAUGGGGUUCACACCGUUUUUGGGGAGGUGACAGAGGGCAUGGAUGUGCUACAGAAGAUCAAUGAGACUUUUGUCGACAAAGACUUUGUCCCUUUUCAGGACAUCAGGAUCAACCACACUGUGAUCUUAGAGGAUCCUUUUGAUGACCCACUCAACCUGCCUGUUCCAGAUCGUUCUCCUGAGCCCACUAAAGAACAGCUAGAUAGUGGCCGUAUUGGAGCGGAUGAGUCGAUAGUCGACAAUGAGGGGAGGACCACUGAAGAGAUCGAUGGAAUUCUUCAGGAGAAAGAAGCCAAGACUCAGGCCAUACUGCUUGAGAUGGUGGGUGAUUUGCCAGAUGCAGAUGUUAAACCUCCAGAGAAUGUGUUGUUUGUCUGCAAACUGAACCCUGUCACCACUGAUGAAGAUCUGGAGAUCAUCUUCUCCCGCUUUGGUUCCAUAGCAAGCUGUGAGAUCAUCAGAGACUGGAAGACAGGGGAGUCUCUGUGCUAUUCUUUCAUAGAGUUUGAAAAGGAGGAGGAUUGUGAAAAGGCAUACUUUAAAAUGGAUAAUGUGCUUAUUGAUGACCGGCGGAUACAUGUGGACUUCAGCCAGUCAGUGGCCAAGAUCAAAUUUAAAGGCAAAGGUGGGAAGUACACCAAGGAUGACUUCAAAGCCUAUGAGAAGGAUCAGGACAGCAAGAACAAGCUGACCCUGAAAGAGAAAGCAAAGCCAAAACAAGAUUCCAGGUAUGACCUGCUGCUUGAUGAAGAGGAGGAAAAGGAAGGUGGAAGCCAUCAGGCAUUUGACAGGAAACUGAAAGAGAAGAAGCAUCACUCCCAUCACUCUGACGACGAAGAUGCCAGAAAGCCUAAGAAAUCUAAGGAGACUGACGAGAGCCGACGGGACAAGAAACCGAGUCGUCAGCAGUCACGCUCACGCUCCAGGGACCGGGACAGGGAUGGCCACCGUGACAAACACCGUGACAAACACUCCGACAGGCACCGGGAUAAACACCGGCACGAGAGCAGCGACAAGAGCCACGCCCGCCGCAACCGCAGCCGCAGCCCCAGGAGGCCCAAGGACAAGGAGCGCAGGUGAGGGGGGCGGCCACUACCUCUCUCCUCUGUUGGAAAAUUGUCCGAGGCCGAGUCCUGUUUGUUUGCCUUUCUAUUCCUCCGCUAAUCCAUAUGCCUGCUUGCCUUUCUCUCAGUGGGUUUGGGUGUCUGACUCUGACAGACCAUCAGCUUCAGUCUCAACCCUCAGUAGUAUCAUUCCAGCUUUGGUAGGUGCUGUCUGAGAAGGCAUGAGGACUUCACACACUGUAUACACAGAACUGUGUGUUUCAACUGCAAAUAUCAUUUUUAGAUCAAUCAUUUAUUAGAUCAAUCAUGUAUCAGUCAUUCUAAGGAGCUGGCAUCAGCGUAGAAGGGAUCAUGGUCUGUUGUGUGAGGGUGUUUCCGUGUGGUUGGGGAAGAGUAGUGUUAGUUACAUGAGAUCAGUUCUCUGUAUUGUGGAAACUUUCACACUUUUGAAUAGCAUACCAACUGAGCUGUGUAUCCAAGCAUUUAAUGAAUAAAAGUACAGAGAUACUAUCUUUCCCUUGUUUAUGUGAAGCCACCUAACAUUAAAACACACAGUGAUUUGUAAAAUU